ACUCGCAUGUCUCUCUUCACGCUCUGUAAACAUCCACGGUUGAAGACGAGAACCCUUUAGAGAAGACGGUGGUGGCCGACCGCUGGUUGCGGUGCCACCUUCUUCUCCGGUCAACAGUACAUCAAAACGAUGCAACACCAACACCAAACCUUCCUCGUUUUGGCCGGAGAACCCAAAUUCAGACUUAACUUUCUAUAAUUCUCUCUCAAACAACUAGAUCGACCCAGAGUGUAGUGAACCAAGUCAAACUCAAACAAACUGUAUUCAAUGCUACCAAACAAAACCCUAGACUUCUUUCAACCCAUAAGUCCAAACCAAAACCCCAACGAGAAUAGUUCAAAUAUAAAACCCUAAUUUCAGAAUUAGACACUCAGUAGUUAUAAUUUAAUGAAAUUACAAAGGGGUUUUUAUUCAAUUUGACGAGGCGAACGCAAUGGCAUAAAAAUUUCCAGUAAAGGAGGGAAAAUGAGACUACUUGAUCGAAGCGGUUCCGUUGGCGAGAGCCUCUCCGGCACGGUUCAGAUAAGUCCUUCCUUCGAAUUUUCUCCUUCUUCUUCUUCUUUGUUUGCUAUUGGUUUUUGUGUUGGUCUGAGCUCAUCUACCUUAGAGUUUCGGCGUGAAACUCUAAUAUAGAUUUUAGAAAAACAGUGAGCUUUUCUGAAAAGGAGUCUUGGGAAUUUUGCAGAAUAACGGUGUCUUCUCCUCUUUUCACGAUCGGGAUGCGUCCAUUUUAUAGACCCAAAUGUGGUCCCUUUGGUUAUGAGUUGGCAUGUGAAUCUAGAAAAUCAUUCUUUUGGAGGAGAAAAUUCCCUUUCUGAUUUUGUGGGGACCGGGAUAUGAAUACCUCCAAUUUGUUUGUCUGUUGCUAAUGAGAUUUCUAAAUCUAGAUGGUCCACCAUGGUUGUAAUUGUGAACUCAUGUUUGCCUCCCCGCAUUUUUACCGUGAACCGUGGGUUUGCUCUGCUUAUGGAGAGACUAGUUACCGCUGUUUUGAUUAGGUGCGCGCGACAAACGCGUCUUCGCCGGCCUAAAGUUCAUUUGGCUUACGGUUUUGAUAUAAGAGAGGAGAUUGCUUCUAGAAGCUUGGACUAUGUCAACAUUAGAUCCCUAGCUGAUAGUUCUCCGAAUUGGGUAUCAGAAAGAAGUUGCAUGAAAGAAUGUUGGCAACGAGUAACAAUGGUGUCUCUGGAGGCUCCGUGGUAAUCAUUGUUGGGAGUAUGGUCGAGAGAAUGCAAAAGAGUCCCAAGGUUGAAAGCAUGACCAUAAAGCAUAGAGUUUUGUGGUUUGAAGCUGUUGCACGUCCUCCUGAUAGACAUCCCCAUUCCCAUUAUUGGCAUAGUCUGAAGUGUGUUCGUUUAAUUGCUUAGGACUUAGAAAAUGAUUGAGGAAAUAUGUAAUGGAUGCAUGGAUUAUGUUAAUGUAUAUGGAACUUUGAAACAAGUACUUUAUAUAUUGUGAUGUUGGUUUGUAAAUGUAAAACGUGAUUUUUUGAGAAGGUGGACAUAUUUUAACAAUUGUCCUGCACUCAACGGUUUCAAAACUAACCGUAAUGAACUAAGGAUGGAUUAGGAAGGGAUGAAAAGCGGGAUUGAGGUUCUUGGAUUAUAUUGUGUUCUAAGUUGA